AUGGCGUCCACCGUCACCAGCGGCUCGCUCGUCUACGAGCGCCGCGUGGUCGAACGCAUACACAAGUACCAUUGGCCAGCCGUGCAACUCAACCUCUGGAUGCUCAUCAUGCUCAUUGCAUCCUGUCUCAUCAUUGGCGUCUUUGCGACCUUCAUCCAGAUCCAGAACCAACUGCUGCUGCCAAUACCAUGGUACUUCCCUUACUACAUUACGGUCGCCUCCCUCACGGUGACCUUCAUCAUCCUCCUACUCUGGCUGAUCUUUCAGCGGCGCCUGCUGCCCAGCAUUGUCAUGAUCGGCGGCUUCAUCCUCUUUGUGCUGUGGCUCACGGGGCUGAUCGUCAUCUCCAUCCAGCUCUGGGGGCCUGACGGGUCGGUCAACUCCAAUUGCGACAUGUACGUGUUCGGCGCCGACCCGCAGCCCACGGGCCAGACCCUACAGACGCUGGCGUGGCUGCAGCAGCGGAACAUCUGCCAGAGCUGGCAGGCCGUGUUUGCGUUUGGCCUGGUUGGGGCGAUUUUCCUCUUGUGGAUCAUGGUUAUGGCUUAUCAGGUGUUUGCGGAUGAUUCGUGA